AUGGAGCCGAAACAGUCGAUGGAUUGUAUCUUGAAAGAUCCUAAUGUGGCGGCGAAACCGAUGACGCCAACGCUGAUCACUGUGAGUAAUCAGACGUGAAAUAGAGUGAUCGAAUAGCAAAUGUGUUUAGGUGAACCCUUUGAACAUUGUAAUUGAGCCAAAAUCCGGACAGAUUGAUAAGUCCCUCGAGAUAAAGUGAGAACCUGAUCUCUUCUGAAAUGAAAUCCAUUGUCCCUUCUAGAAAUAUCUAUCCUUGUCGUGUUGCUUUCCGCAUUCAAACGAACGGUCCGACCAGGUACACAGUGUGCCCGAACAAGGGAUUUCUGAGCAUCGGAGAGAAGUCAAUCAUUCGCAUUUCGAUGAUCGACGGCAGCAAAUACCAGUCGAAUCAUCAGUUUCUCGUGCAGGCAAUGCCGGCUCCAGGGGACUUUGCUGACCGGAAACUCAUCUGGAAACAGCCGAAUAUUCUGGGCAUUCUGACGAACACUCGCAUCAGAACCAUGUGAGAGAACCGAUUUGGAAGCAUAGAGUGAAAAAUAUAUUGCAGGAGACCGGGUCAGUCGAAGUCCCCGAGCCGUUCUAAGAGUCCCUCCAACUCGGCCGCUUCUUCCUCCUCGAUGGACUCCAGUACCGCCGGUUCCCCUAGCUCGGACGCCGCUUCCAACGACUCCUUGAGUACUCCAGAUGCUCCAAGCUGGGCAAAACCAGCAACUGCUCUUGAUCACGGAGAGUUCGCCGAUAAGAUCAAUGAACUGGCGGCUCAAGUGAAAAAGGCGAUCACUGAGAAAAAGGCGCGUACGGGCGAGAUGGUUGAAGUUGUGAACCAGAUCAAAGCGGUCGAGGUGGAACUGGACAGACAGGCUCAAUUGGUGAACGAGCUGAGUGAGAGGGUCAAAAAGGGAGAGGUGCAGUACUCGGUACGGCAGAUUGUAGACGACUUGUUCGAGUUAAAGUCAUCAUUCCAGAAUCUUGUGGUGCAUGAACGGAAUCUGAGAACUGAGUUGGAACGUAUCAAGAACGGCGAGGUCGGAUCGCCAUUGCAGUGA